AUGUUGGCCAAAGUUCGUCACCUGUCUCGUGUUGAUUGUUCAUAUACAUCUUGUAUGCGUUCCUUUUCCACUUUGCAGGAUCUUCCAAAAACUUCACCUUUCACUACGUUUCUGAAACCUGAUGAAGAUUUACCAACAAGGGAAGGCGUCUCCGAGAAAUUAUCGAAAACACCAAGGCAGCUCAAGUCGGGAUUUUUCACCUACACUUACCCGACCCAACGUAAAUCUUACCAAUUCUUGAGUGCUUCACCAAAUGCCCUAAAGGACUUGGGUUUAGAUCAAUCUAAGGAACCACAAUCUCAAUACUUCAGGGAUAUUGUAUCUGGAAAGACAACUUACACAUCUGAGAAUGUGCACCCAUUUGCAAUGGCAUAUGCAGGAUUCCAGUUUGGGAGUUUUGCAGGACAGCUCGGGGAUGGGCGGGUUAUCAAUUUAUUUACUGUCCCGGAUGUUCAUGGUGGUAGUUAUGAAAUACAAUUAAAGGGAGCAGGUAAAACCCCGUAUUCGAGAUUUGCCGACGGUAAUGCAGUAUUACGUUCAUCAAUUAGAGAAUACGUCAUUUCGGAGUAUUUACACGCUAUCGGUAUUCCAUCUACAAGAUCCUUGGCCAUUACUGCAUAUCCCGAAAAUAAGGCACAAAGAGAAGGUGUGGAAAUGUGUGCUGUUGUAGCUAGAAUGUCACCUACGUGGAUCAGAAUUGGUCAUUUUGAUUAUUGCAGACUGAAAGGCGACAGGGAUGGACUCUUCCAAUUAUGUGAGUAUAUUAAUACGGAAGUACUACAGGGAGAGUAUACUAAGGAGUUGCACGAGUUCAUGGAGAAUGAUCAAAAACUAAAGGAUUUUGGUGACUUGACAAAAUUUGACAAAUUGUUCCUAGAUAUAAUUAUACGAAACUCUAAAUCUGUUGCAUACUGGCAUGCAUAUGGAUUUCUAAAUGGGGUUUUGAAUACUGAUAACACCUCAAUUCUUGGAUUAGCUAUUGACUUUGGACCAUUUGCAAUAAUGGACAAAUUUGAUCCAAACUAUACUUCAAACAGUGAAGAUCAUGAAAGGAGAUACUCUUUUAGAAAUACACCAUCAGCUAUAUGGUUCAAUAUGGUGAAGCUAGCCGAGUCUAUGGCUGAGGUAUUGGGUGCUGGUCCAGGGCUGAUCGAUGAUAAGAAUUUCAAAGAAAAUGGGUAUCCUGAUGAUCCAAGUAUCGAUGCUGCAAUGACACGUGUCAAUUCUUUAAUUAGAAUUGCUGGCGAUAUCUUUGAGAAGGUGUUUAUUGAAGACUACUUAAAGCUAAUCUGUGCUAGGUUGGGGAUUACACCAAGGGAGAGAGAUAAUGGUGAAAUUCUGUCACUCUUGUUUGAGACCUUACAGGUAACAAAGCUGGAAUAUAACAAGUUCUACCUUAUUUUGCAAGAGCUAAGACUAAGAGAUCAGGACUUUGAUAUUGAUGAAGCAUGCAAAAAGUUCAUUCCAACUACAUGUUCUGAAGAGGACAGGGUUUUCAUCAUGAAGGAAAUUAAGUCGUUCCUUACUGUAUUCCGAGCACGGGUCGAGGAAGAACUGUUAACUGACGAGAUUCGAUUGCAAAGAGCGUCACCACAUAACCCAAGGUUCGUUCCAAAGAAUUGGAUUCUUCAAGACAUCAUUAACUAUACAACAGAGAAGUUAAAGGAAGGUGUACCUGAAGAAGAAUGCAGUGCAUACUUAAACAAGAUAAUGAAAAUGACCAGCAAUCCAUUUAACGAGUCUGAAUGGGGUAGCGAGUUAAAAGACGUUGAAGAAAAAUGGUUAUCUGAUGUGGACGAUUCCAAACUGAUGACUUCGUGUAGCUGCUCAUCAUGA